UCUCUCUCUCUCUCCAAUGAACCGCGUCGGCAGCGGGGCCCCUGCCAACUACGGCCUACCGGCUGCUGCUGCUGCUGCUGCGGCGGCGGCAGCGGCGACGCCCACCUCCUCGUCUUCCUCCACCCUCUCGCCGCUCGCCCCCCCGUUCACUGUCGCCUCCAUGACCAACCUCUCCCCUCCGCACCCCCUUCCACCCGCCCACCAAUUCCCCUCCUCCCGGCCCUUUCUGGGCUUCCCUGGAAACCCCUCCGAGUGGUCCCCCGCCGCCGCCGCCUCCUCUUCGUCGUCCCAUCUAUCUUCCCGCACCGCCGGGUCCAACCGCUCCUCCCGGAGGACGGGCGUCAUCAAGAACUCCUAUUACACCCGAUAUCCUCCCAGCUUGCCGAGUUCCGGCCUUGAUCUUCUCAAGCCCCUACCCGAACACAAGGGUUAUGCGGGGGAUGGGGUGGGCCCGUGGAACGGGCCGUUCGAUGGAGGGGAGAUUGGUCCGGGGAAGGUUCUUCAUGAGGUUUCUUCGUGGAUGGAUCCUUCCUCGAGCUAUAGGGUCCCGUCUCUUCAGAAAGGAGGUGCAAUCGAAGGCCUGAGUACAUAUGAAGAUGAUUCUAAUGGUAUUUGGCAUGGAAAAUAUGUUAAUUCUGCAGCAAGAAAAGUAUGCUUUGGUUCAGAAAGCUCUGAAUGGCUUCCUGGGAAGCACACAUCAAUUUAUGAUGAAAGUACACCUUACCCUUUUGACUUUUCUCGGGAAUCUGUUUUUGCUCCAAGUGCAUUGCUUCAAGGAACGUCUUAUUCUCAGAUACAAGAUUCAACUUCUGUGGAGUCAUGCAAUACCUUUAUUCCAAGUUCUUCUUAUGAUAGGUAUAUGGCACAACUUGAUUCAUGUUCGACUACUCCCAUGUCUUAUUAUCAAGCUACGACAUGCCCUACCUCAGGCCAAGUAUAUGCACCUUCAGCCUUAACAAUUAGUUCGACCUUGGAUCAUAAAAAUAGAUAUUCAACGGUUCAUCAUGGAGUUCCACAUAAGAUGAUUGACACGGGCAUUGUAGCAUCCAAGCAGAAGGGGCCUAACAUUGAUCAAUUUAUUAGAGGUAAAUUGGGUCAGAAUGAGAAGAUCAGAGUAGAUUACAGUGCAAAUAAAAGUACUGUUGCGACUGCAAACUGUGAAAAAAAAUUGCCUUCUGACGCCAAUUUAUCUACUGAAAUUUACUUGGAUUUUUCUACAGAGGGAGAUUCUGGGUUGAAAGUCAAACAUUUGAAAAUUUCUGAUGCCUCUAAGUCUGCAUAUCAUUCUGCAGAACCUGAAGAUUCCAUGCAAAGUUCUUCAGAAACACUUGAUGAGGUCUAUCUUGCUGUGGAUUCACCAUGUUGGAAAGGAACUCCAGCUUCUCAACAAUCACCAUUCAGAGAUGGCAAAACAGUAUGUCUUCAGCCUGUAAAUAAGGAAUUAAAAGACCACACUGAUUUUGAUAAAGGUCAAAAGCAUCUUUUUGACAGUGGCACAUGUUCAGAAACUCCUGAACAAGGUGGAAAUUUGAUCUGUGGUGAGAACAGAAAAAAAGCUUCCAUUUCUGAGGUAGAGGGAUCUUCUUCGGUUAUUUCUUCAAACAUGCAGCAGAGAUCUGAAGAUGACUAUAAGAUAGGGUCAGAUUAUGAAAAAGAUGCCAAUAGAAGGGGUCUUCAAUGUGCAGACAAUCAUAGAGAACAGACAAGUGAAGUUAGGAAAGACCAGGAAAUUGAUUCUGAAGCAAAACAUGAUGGUGCAACACAAUGCAACCAAAAGGAAAGUACUGCUGUUCACCGGGUCACAUCAGCGGAUGGACAUGUCAAUGUUGAUAAAGGUUCAUCUUCAUUGCAAUUGAAAAACAUACAGCUUCUUAUUAGGGCCUUGCAUUCUUCCUCAAAACUUCUCUUAUCUACUGACUGGAGUGAUGACAGUGAAUUGGAAGAAGAUGACUGCAGGUUCCUCCAGCUGGCAAUUCAAAAUCUCGAAGCAGUUGUGCUGAGGAACAAAAAGGGUUCUGUUGAGGGCAGUUCCCAUGUUUCUAGGCUAGAGGGUGCUUGUUUUCAGAAUGGAGGUUUAAAGACUGAUGCUGUGUGCCAGAGCAAAGCAAACAAGAUGGGUGAGAUGAAAGGUGAAAUGUAUGGUGAGUUUCAGCACUUUGUUUCCAAAGGUUGUGACAUAAAUUUCGGGAAAGUCAAUGGGAUGAUGCAGGACCUAGGGAAUGUUCUAGAGAAAACUUUUUCUGAGGAGGAUGACAACCCACAGGUGCUGUUAUAUAAGAAUCUGUGGCUUGAGUCAGAAGUUGCAGUGUGUAGACUUAAAUAUGAGCUUCAGCUUGCUCGCAUGAAGAUUGAGGUGGACAGCCAUAAGUGCCCGACAAGAGGUAAGCCCUCCCAAGUGACUGGAUCACGAUGCCCAAGCACCAUGCAUGAUGUUGAUGGACAUUGCACGCCACUGAAGGCCAAGGAGAGCUUGUUUUGUGUUACUUCCCCCCUCUUGGGUGAUGAAGGUAAGUUUAGUUCCAGAAAACCCGAAAAGGCACUUCCUGUUCUUUCAUCAAGUGAGGACAAGUCAGAGGAUCUUGAAGCAUCUGUGAGGACCCAAACAAGAGCUCUUAGGCAACAGAUUGAUAUAUGGAAUUCUAGGAAAUUUGAAGAACAGCUGAAGCUUUUUGCCUCAUUGGAUUUUGGAGCUUGCUCAGGAACCAAAGAGACUUUGCACAGUCCUUGUUCUGAUAGUGAAGAUAAUUCUGUGUUGAAGCACCUAUCCACAAAGCUUGCUGAUUUAGGUUUCAUGGAGAGUAGUUCAUAUCUGAAAGAUGGACCUAGAAAUUCAGGUUCAGUUGUGAAGAGACAGCAUUCUGAUACAAACAAGAAUGAAGAAACUGGACUGGCUUCAAGUGUUUCUGGAAAUGCAGCAACCAGAGAAUUCUGUUUGAACUCUUUGGGUGAAAAGGUGAUUCAGCCAUCUAUAACAAACAAGCAGGGGAAGUGGUUUCACGCUGGUGGAUAUGAUAGCCCCCCAUCUGGAUGGGAGCAUGUGCUGAAGGAGGAAUUUUCAUAGCCCCAGAACAGUCUCCACUCUAGUUUUUGGACUUAGCUGAGGACUUGAAAAACCUGUAAAUAUGAACAAUGCAUUUUGAUGAUUUUAUAUGGAAUUGUUUUGAACAUGUAUAGUUAAAUUGCAGUAUUAGUUGAUUUUUUUCCAAACAAAAACGGUAUUGGGCAAUGUAUUUAGAGAAGUGUUGAACACAUGAACAUUUGCUAAAUGGAUGGCUUUUUUUGAAA